CUUCUCCUUCAGAAUAGUUCAGGAACUAAAGCUGUUUACUACUACUGAGUACUGCAACCGAGUACUGUGACCGAGUACUGUGACCGAGUACUGCGACUGAGAUGCUGUUGCUCCCUCUGGUGGCUGCUUUGCUCCUUUACACCCCCCUCACAGGAGCCCAGUGGGACUACAAAGAUGGCAGACAGGACUACAAACAUGUCGGGCCCCACUGUGGGUGGAAGUGCAUGCUGUUCACGCUACAGUGGCCCGGGAGCUUCUGUCAGAUCUUAGACAAAGAAACUCUGUGCAAAAUUCCUCCAAACGUCAAUAACUGGACCAUCCACGGACUCUGGCCGGUCAAAGCUCAUAACUGCUGCUCCUGCUGGCCCAUGUUCCACUCUGACAUCAAGGAUCUGGAAACAAACCUCACAGAAUUCUGGCCGUCUUUCCUGAAGUCCAGAUCGGACUUCCAGUUCUGGCGUUCAGAGUGGUCCAAACAUGGCGUCUGUGCUGCCUGUGUGGAGGGACUCAACUCUCCGUUCAAAUACUUCAACACCUGCCUCCAGUUCCGACAACGAUUCCACGUGGACAGCCUGUUGGACAGAGCCGGCAUCACUCCGUCCUGUAACAAGACGUACGAGGUGGAUCAGAUCCGUGGAGUGGUGGCUCCUCUGUUUGGAGACCGUCACGAGAUCCAGUGUUUUCAAGAUAAAAAGGGUCGGGAGCUGUGGUUCCAGAUGAAGAUCUCUCUCUUUCCAAACGGUACCAGGGGCUGCGGCUCGGACCUCAGAUGGGCCCCCGGGCCACCUCUGACCCACCCCCUGACCCACCCCCUGACCCACCCUCUGACCCACCCCUGCCCCCCCAACACCCCCCUCUACUACCCCCCCAUAGACCACAGACAGCCCCCCCAGACCUGCCCCUGA